AUGAUUGAGUUGAUCAUAGCUGCUAUUCAGGCCAUCUUACAAGUCAUAGUUAUCGCUGGGUUUGGUGUUCUUUUAACAAAAGCAGGUUAUUUCGACCAGUCAAAACAAAAGUGGUUAUCCAAAGUCAAUAUGACCUUUUUCACUCCUUGUCUACUUUUCACCAACAUCGCUUCUACCAUCUCCUUGGAAAAACUCAUCACAUUAUGGCCAAUUCCCAUGUUUUUUAUAUUAUUCCUACUGAUCUCUUGGACGACUAGUCAAGUCAUUCUUCGUAUUAUGGGUGUUCAACAUAACUAUCAAAGGUUUGUGAUUGCUUGUUCCAUGUUUUGUAAUACCAACUCUUUACCGGUGGCUAUUAUCAGCAGCUUGGCCUUUUCAGAAGCUGGUCAUCUUCUCUAUUGGAAUAGUGGCGAUACACCUCAAGAUGUGGCUGCUCGUGGGGUGGCCUACUGUCUGUUCUUUGCCAUGUUUUGUAACGUUAUCCGGUGGUCCUACGGUUAUCAUCUGCUUCAACCUGAUGAUGAUUUGGAAGAACAUACGACGAUGAAACCUUUUUUUGAAAACACGAUCGAUGUCUCUUAUACUAACAAGCAACCACCUUCAUCUUAUUCGAUUCAGUGCCCUCCUGAAAAUGAUACUCCUAACGAAUCAUCACCUCUUUUACCUAUACAAUUCAAUGAUCAACAACCAUUCUAUCGUCGUCUAACACUUGUUGUCAAGCAAUGUCAUCGUUUCAUGUCGCCUCCAUUGUAUGCCGCCUUUCUAGCCUUAAUGGUCGGCCUCAGUCCUUUGCAGCCUUACUUGUUUGACAAGGAUGCGUUUCUCUAUCCAUCGGUGACAAAAGCGAUCCAAAGCUGUGGCAAGGCGGCGGUGCCUUUGAUUUUAGUGUGUCUUGGAUCGCAGUUGACUUUGAUUGCUCAAGAAGGUUCUAUUUUUUUAUUCACUCAAGGAUCCCGUGCUAUUCUGGCCUCCCUUGUGAACCGCAUGAUCAUGGCUCCGAUGGUCGUCAUUGGUAUCGUAUUUGUUUUACUCAGAUAUACCCAAAUCAAGUUGAUGCAAGAUCCUAUGUUCGUAGUCACCAUCCUCAUCUUGGGUUGUACACCUACGGCUAUCAAUCUAUCACAAAUCACUCAAGUCAGUGGUGUUUUUGAACAAGAAAUGAUGCAAGUCUUAUUUUGGAGUUAUGGUGUGAUGUGUGUUCCAAUCAUGACUCUUGUGGUUUUGAUUGCUCUGACCAUGGUUGAUCUUUGGAUGUAGAUACCCCCCUCUAUCACUUAUAUCUAUUUUUUUCAUAUAUAUAUAUACAUACCCACUAUAAAAAUAAUAAUAAAAAAAAC